CGCGAAAAAGUGAAGAAGCUUCGGGAAGAGGAUUACAUCAGAAAGCCCCUGACUGGUUAAUUCAUCCUGGACCAUUAGGUUUCUUUUUCCCUUAAGUAUAGGGUCUGAGACUCAUAGCCUUUGUUCUUCUGGGUUUCCAUCUUGAUGGGUGGUUACCUAUGUGGAGUUCCACUGCUUCUUACCUGAUGCUAUUCUCUCUGAGGAGAGAUGAGACUUACCAAUAAUUACCUCUUAAGGAUAGCAGAGUUCAGAGAACAUGACUGAUCAGACCUUAAUUUGGGGGGGAGAAUUCCUGGUCACAGAUUUGACUUCCAGAGAAAUAUUUAGCAGAGAAACCACCUUUGUUGUUAUGUGCCUCCGAGUCGACUACGACUUAUGGCGACCCUAUGAAUCAGUGACCUCCAAGAGCAUCUGUCAUGAACCACCCUGUUCAGAUCUUGUAAGUUCAGAGAUGGCGUCAGACAUACCUGGGUCUGUGACAUUGCCUGUGGCACCUAUGGCAGCCGGACAAGUGAGAAUGGCAGGAUCCAUGCCUGCUAGAGGAGGAAAGAGGCGCUCAGGAAUGGAGUUUGAUGACGAAGAUGGUGAAGGGCCCAGCAAAUUUUCAAGGGAGAACCAUAGUGAGAUCGAGAGACGCAGGAGGAACAAGAUGACCCAGUACAUCACCGAGCUCUCUGACAUGGUGCCCACCUGCAGCGCCUUGGCGCGCAAACCUGACAAGCUGACCAUUCUCCGCAUGGCAGUGUCACACAUGAAGUCUAUGAGGGGCACUGGGAACAAAUCUACCGAUGGAGCAUAUAAGCCUUCUUUCCUAACCGAGCAGGAACUGAAACACCUCAUCCUCGAAGCAGCAGAUGGCUUCCUCUUUGUUGUUGCUGCUGAAACGGGCCGAGUGAUCUACGUUUCCGAUUCUGUCACUCCUGUUCUCAACCAGCCCCAGUCAGAGUGGUUUGGAAGCACCCUCUACGAGCAGGUCCAUCCUGAUGAUGUGGAGAAGCUGAGGGAGCAACUCUGCACAUCUGAGAACUCAAUGACAGGGAGGAUUUUGGAUUUGAAGACUGGGACAGUGAAGAAAGAGGGCCAGCAAUCCUCUAUGAGAAUGUGCAUGGGAUCGAGGCGAUCAUUCAUAUGCAGAAUGAGGUGUGGAAAUGCCCCAUUGGAUCACUUGCCUCUAAACAGAAUAACCACCAUGCGAAAAAGAUACAGGAAUGGCCUUGGCCCAGUGAAAGAAGGAGAGGCCCAAUAUGCUGUGGUCCACUGUACCGGUUAUAUUAAGGCCUGGCCUCCGGCAGGUAAAAUAGGAAUGACAAUACCAGAAGAAGAUGCUGAGGUGGGACAAGGCAGCAAAUAUUGCUUGGUGGCAAUAGGGAGGCUUCAGGUUACCAGUUCUCCAGUGUGCAUGGACAUGAAUGGAAUGUCUGUCCCCACGGAAUUCUUAUCAAGACACAACUCUGAUGGAAUCAUCACCUUUGUGGAUCCAAGAUGCAUCAGCGUUAUUGGCUACCAGCCACAGGACCUUUUGGGAAAAGACAUUUUAGAAUUCUGCCAUCCAGAAGAUCAAAGCCAUUUGAGAGAGAGCUUCCAGCAGGUUGUUAAACUGAAAGGCCAGGUGCUCUCUGUGAUGUAUCGCUUUCGUACCAAGAACCGGGAAUGGAUGUUAAUCCGGACCAGCAGCUUCACAUUUCAGAACCCUUAUUCAGAUGAGAUUGAAUACAUCAUCUGCACCAACACUAAUGUAAAGCAACUUCAGCAGCAACAAGCAGAGCUUGAAGUACACCAGAGAGAUGGACUGUCAUCAUAUGACUUAUCUCAGGUACCUGUUCCAAGUAUACAGUCUAAUGUUCAUGAGGGUGGGAAACCAGUGGAGAAACCCGAUGCCAUCUUCUCCCAAGAGAGGGAUCCAAGGUUUGCUGAGAUGUUUGCAGGCAUAACUACUUCAGAUAAAAAGAUGAUGCCUUCAGCAUCCACAGCAGGAAACCAGCAGAUCUACUCUCAAGGGAGCCCCUUCCAGCCAGGACAUUCCGGAAAGUCUUUCAGCUCAUCUGUGGUCCACGUGCCUGGCGUCAAUGACAUCCAGUCAUCUUCAUCAACAGGCCAGAACCUGUCCCAGAUCUCUCGCCAGCUAAAUCAGAGUCAAGUUGCCUGGACGGGAAGUCGCCCUCCAUUCCCAGGUCAGCAAAUUCCUUCCCAGUCUGGCAAGGCUCAGUCUUCACCCUUUGCGAUUGGAACCAGCCAUACUUACCCAGCUGACCCAGCAUCCUACAGCCCCCUGUCCAGCCCCACCACCUCUUCUCCAAGCGGGAAUGCCUAUUCCAGCCUAGCUAACAGGACAACAGGAUUUGCUGAAAGCAGCCAAAGCAGUGGACAGUUUCAAGGGAGGCCUUCAGAGGUGUGGUCCCAGUGGCAAAGCCAACACCAUAACCAGCAAAACAGUGAGCAGCACCCUCACCAGCAAACUAGCCAGACAGAAGUGUUCCAGGACAUGCUGCCCAUUCCAGGAGAUCCAACACAGGGGACUGGCAAUUACAACAUUGAAGAUUUUGCUGAUUUGGGCAUGUUUCCUCCAUUUUCUGAGUAAAUUUUUACCUAACAAGAUAACCUCUGAAAUUACAUUCUGGGAGGGAAAUCAACAUACCAACGUAGUUUGGGCUCUGCUUUCCCUGUGUUAACAUUAUCAUAGAAGCUAUUAAAAUAAGAAGCCCCCCAUUCUCAUACUUCAGAUAAUAACUUGCUUUCCUUCCAAGUGUUGACCGUGCAAGUUCUCAUGAAAUAAUUUAACACCAUCCAGUCAGCAUUCAUGUAAGGAUUCAUUGUGUAUUUCAUUCCCAUUUGAGAUCUGGGGGUGGGUG